CUUGUGCUACAUCGAGCGGAACGUCUUACCCCUCCUGAAACACCUGCAACGCUUGCUUGGAAAACCAACAAGAUACGCUCUUGGGAACGACUGACAAGUAGGAGCACAUAGUCAUAGUUUGUAGCGAGAGAAUUUUGUAACGAUCAUGGAUUCGGACCGCUACCUUGACUUUCCUUUGUAUCACCCAAGUCGGAUUCCGAUUCCAAGCCAUGAUCAAGACAUUGAGGACCAAUUCAGCAUCGAGAUUGACCCAAGUUCACCUGAUGACAGACUCGAUUGGUUGCAUGGAGCCUCAACAGCAUCUGACAGGCUUCAAAGUCAAAACUUGGUGUGUCCUAUGCUUCACGAAGCCGGACAACUACUCUCGAGGGCAUCAAACGAUGAUGCUAACAUGAAAUCAAAGUCAUCAAAUGAUGUAGGUAAUGCUGGCAAUAUUUUGGCAUCACAAGCUCCUGGACAAAAUGCGGCUCACGAGUGUAAGGCUGUGAAAGUACAGUCAAGACAGUUCGCCAAUGAAGCUUCACGCCAAAUAGAGAUCACUCCGGAUUUGUUGUCUCAACACUUUCA